CCAUUGGGAGGGUUUUCGGAGGGCCCAUGCGUUGUUUCGCUCGGUCUAUCUAUCUCCGGACGAAUGAUAAGAGCAAGUGCCCGUUUUUUUUCUAUUUGCAAUCGCUAACUGGUCCAAGUGGAUAGAUUCGUACGAUUCGACAACAAUCCUGUCACACAGUAUGGGCUAGCUCACGGCGGGGACGGACAACUCAUUCGAAGGAAUACCUUCGUGCUUCAUUAUUAGUUCGAUCUUUAGUCGUAGUAUACGCUACACUCUAAUAGUUAUUUAUCUGGCAUGCAAAAGGAGCAAUUUUUUUGUGCGUGUUUAAAACAAUGAAUUGUGUUAUUUAAAUUACUGAAUUAAAUGCACAUUCGAUGGUUGAUUACAUUUCGACGACGUCGGUUCAUCGGUUGAGCAUUGAAGUGACAAUUACAGUUAAAAUUACUUGUUAAACAGUGGUGUUAAUAAAAAAAAAGUGAGCACGUACACGCCUGAAUGGAAACGUGGCCAACCGAACGACGAGAAUUGGCAUAAAUAGCAAUCAAACACGAAACAAAGCAAAAAAUGCGAACCCUGAACUACGCAUCAUAAUUUUUAUCACACAUUUGUACCUUUCCCCCAUUUGAACGGGAACAAACAUCUGCUUAAUUGUGCGGGGUACUAGUGGAUGGGAAGGAGUUUUUUUUUUGUUUGGAAUCCGGCAAAAUACGACCAUAUUUAUGCGCAAUCAGUUGACCAGCAGCAUCCAGCCUACCGAACGAACCUGUGUGGCUGCGGGAUGGUGUGACGAGUGCGUUUUGCAACAACCAAAAUAAAAAAAAACUACAUAUACACAUCGUUAAAUCAGGCAACAAUCGAAACAUUACGCAAAGUGGAUCAAACAGAACAGGAAAGAUUUAUGCAGCAUAAAAAAUCUACAUAUAUUGAUAUCAUAUCAAACCAAUGCUUUGGCGUUGUACAGCUCGGCGCCCCAUAAGCCAAUCCACUUUUCACCCGUAUUGAAUAGUCAAUUAGCGCGUUUUAAGGAUUCGCUGGUUUUGUUUGCUUGUCUCUACUAGGUAUACUCAUACUUUUUUUUUACACAUACGGAAAACGGAGGGCAAAAAUUUGCAAAAGGGUUCGUUUGUUGACUGUGAUUUUUUUAGCGUUCGUUUUGUUUCAAACCCUGUGGUAGAUCUGUUUUUGCUUUGCUGUAAUAAACACGGGGUGACUACUUUUCACUUACCACUAACUACGCCCUUUCCGACGAGAUCUGUCACAUAAAACACCACCAAACAUGUCCUGGGUGUUUCAUCUGCUGUGGAUGUUUCUGGUGCUGAUGCUGUUUUUUAUCGUUCUGCGACGGAUAUAUUAUUUUGGGCUGCAAGUGCAUCGACCAGCACCAGCAAAUCAAUCGCGCAGCCAAACUUCACAACGCUUCGCAGUAUUCACCAUUUACCAAAAUGACCUACGGACGGCUCAAACGCAACAAGCAUCGGAACGCAGUCAACCUCCAGCUUACACGGAACCACCACCACCUCCAAAAUAUGAUGAAGUGAUAAAAACACCCCACCUGUUUCAGAAACCUCCACCGUAUACAGCGACUGCCGAAACGUAACGGUUGUUUACACACAAAACAAAAAUGAAAUUUUAAAAACAAACUUACCAACUUGAUCGGUUGCAA